UUUAUUACUAACAUCAUAGAGCUUCAAAUAGUAACUUCAACAACAUUGGAUAUUUGAUGAAGGGGAUAUCUUUUGGAAACCGAAACAGCUCAAUUGAAUUAUCCUGUUGCUUGAGUCGUAGCCAUGAAGCUCUGGCCCCUGUCUAUCUUGCUAUUUAGCAGCUGCCAGGCUCUAGGAUCCGAACUCCAGAAGCCACUCAAGUCAGCUUCGACUUCAGCAGACUCGCUGUCCUACAAGUCUUCCCACGGGUCGCCUUCUUACCGAGGUGAUCUCGUAUCCUUACACAAGUCCCUCGUUGAAAUAUCUUCGAUUAGCGGUAACGAGAGCGUGGUCGGCAAUUUCCUAGUUGACUACCUUACCGCGCGCGGAUUCACCGUCCAGCUCGAUGCCAUUCCUCCGUCCUCACCCAACGCCGAUACUAAACCUCGUUUCAAUGUUAUUGCCUGGCCGGGUUCCAACCUGCAUCCUUCGCCAAAGGUGCUCGUGUCUAGCCAUAUAGACACAGUCCCUCCCUUCAUUCCGUACUCGCGAAACGACACCUCCCUAAACCCCGAUACCUUGAUCGCAGGUCGCGGCAGUGUCGACGCGAAGGCUAGUGUGGCAGCGCAGAUCAUUGCCUUGGAAUCGCUACUGGACUCCGGUAUAAUUGCUGGCGAGGAGGAUUCCAUCAUGCUGCUGUAUGUUGUCGGGGAGGAGACAUCUGGCGUCGGGAUGGAACACUUCUCCGAAUCUCGCGGGAAUCUAGACCCCGCCCCAGACUUCAAGGCGGCCAUCUUCGGCGAACCGACCGAGGGCCGACUAGUCUGCGGCCAUAAAGGCAUUUUUGGCUGCAAUAUUACCGCACAUGGUCACGCCGGACACAGCGGGUACCCGUGGCUAGGGAAGAGCGCGACGGAAGUGUUGAUGCGUGGGCUUGUUCGCGUUCUAGAAACAGAUCUAGGCAGUAGCGAGGAGUUCGGAAACACGACCGUCAACAUUGGCUUAUUCGAGGGUGGCGUCGCGGCCAAUGUCAUCCCCGAGAGGGCAACGGCCCGUCUUGCGGUCCGGGUUGCGAUUGGACCUGAACUCGACGGGGCGAAGAUUGCUUCGGAUCGAUUGAUAGAGGUGAUGCGAAGUGUGGACGAGGAAGCUUUUGAAUUCGAUUGCAUCUAUGGAUAUGGCGUUGUCAAGUGCGAUUGCGACGUCGAAGGUUUUGAGACUACCACAGUCAACUACGGCACAGACGUACACCACCUGGAGGGUAACCACACGCGAUAUCUUUACGGUCCUGGAACCAUCUUUGUAGCCCACGGGCCAGACGAGGCUAUAAAGCUAGGAGACCUGGAAACCGCGGUGGAAGAUUAUAAAAAGCUCAUCCUACAUGCUCUCAAGAGCUAAGCGGUUUGCGUUUGAGAAUUAUAUAGAUUUAAGCGUGUUCUCCAACUUCAUGAUUGCUAAUUAAACAUCAUAGGAAUCAGC